ACUGUUUACCCUCGUUGGGGGAUAUUUACUAUUGUCCUGUAGUGAUAAGGAUGUACAAAGGUUGCAGAUAAGAAGUAGACAAGCAGGAAAUUAAUGCCACACGUAAGACUGUGAGGAUGUGACACUGAGUAUUAUAUGUUGUGAUCAGCGAAAGAAGUUGUAUACUGGGUGUCCCUUGUGUUACAAGAUAAGCAUAAAAUUUUUUAAAUAUAAUAAUUGCUUUAAAUUUACACUGAUAGGAUCAGUGACUCAAAAUUCAUGAUAAUGUGUACCACACCAGAUGCAAUUAAAAUUCUGCAUAGAUAGUCAGCUAUUUGUCAUCAAAAAGUUUAAGAAUUUAGUAUCUUUAAUGUUGUAUGGCACAUGAUCAUUUGAAAUUUCUCAAUAAUAUCAAAAUCUUUUUAAUCAUUAAGUGAAAGUCAGAAUGUUUACUGAGGAAAAACAUCCUUUUGAAUCAGAGAAAAAUUGCAGAGAUUACAGAGUUGCUUGGAAAGCACGAAGUCUGAAACACGUUGCUAACAGUUUACAGAACAAGUGUAAACAGAUAAAUAACAUUAAGAAAUGUGUUCUUAGAAGAAUUUGGAAAUAUUUAUCUGAAUUUUCAAGAAGUGUUCCAGAUGAUGUAUUGCUGGGAACAGCAACUGACGUAGCAUAUUUUAAAUUCCUAACAGACGAAGAAAAAAGGUCAGCAUUUAUUAAAAAGAUAGUUAGUAGCUGCUGUGAAACAAAAGCAACUUGAAGACUCAGCAAACCUGCUAUUUGAUGCUUUUGCAACAAUGUAAAAUACCAAAACUUUAGUUUC